CCGGACCUCUACUCAAACCACAGAGCAAGCCUCAGAGUCUGCGCUUCAGCCAUGCGGAUCUCGGAAGACUCCAUGGAAUGGCGUGAACUGGUGGAUCAAGUUCUCGAGGUGGCCGGCGGAGCAUUGCCCUGGCCAGACCUCCAAGAACGGCUGCUGAAACGAAUGGCGAAGCUUGGGACUCAGGCGGAGCACUUGGCCUUGCAAGUCUUGGCCAACAUUCCAGAGUCUUACUUAAGCUCUGAAGACUGCCUGGUGCGUUUGCCGCGGCAAGAUCGUGCCUGUGUUCGUUGCGAAGAUCUGGCUGCCUUGAAGCACGAGCUGCGGGUGGCAGCGCGGUCUUCGUCUUUGGUGUUGCUGUCCUUUUCCUCAACACUUUGUGUGCCAUGUGGGCGGCUAAAGCCUGAGCUGCAGCAGUUGGCCUUAGAGAUGCCAGAGGUCAUCUUCUUGGAGGUGGAUGUGGAGCAGAAUGAAGCUGCAGCAGACGCAUAUCAGGUCACAUGCUUGCCUACCUGCGUCUUUCUGAAAGAGGGCCAAGUCUUGGGACGAUAUGAAGGCUCCGACGUCGACACGUUGACGCUCAAGCUGGUGGAGUACAAAUGAGCUGUCACGAGUCAAGUGACGAGCUGGGCUUUUCAUUCGGUGUUGGGAAUGUAAUGUGUUCCAGAAUCACUCCGAAGGUUGAGUGGUAACUACUGGAAAGAUAGGGAGCCCUGUCUUUAUGUCAUGCCCGAAGCAGUCCAUGAUCCUCGAGAAAAUGCGA